AUGUCCGGUUCUUUAGUUCAGUACAUUCAACUCCUCAACUCUGCAUUCCUGUCACAAUCCCCUGACCAACUCUACUCAGCCGUACCAUUAUCUCCCGACCACCCUCUUUUCUCUCACCUUCGUACUGCUCUAAGUGCGGUCUCUACCUCUGCGUUGUUACCUUCCGCCAUAGCUCCGUUUCUCGGCUCCAUCUCACCAGAUGUUAGAGAAGGUUUUACUUCCUUCGUCUUGAGUUUAUUACGAUAUGUCAAAGUGUAUCAGGAAGGUGGGGACUUCGGAAAUGUUUAUGAGAGGUUUAUGACUUUGGUAGGGGUUUAUACCGAAGUGAACAAACUCUACGCUCAAACCUCUUCCGAAGGCGUUCAUCUUCACCCUCAUCUCAACCCCAUCAUUCUUUCUCUUGCCAAACAACUGGUCUCAAUAUCCAACCAAGCGGCAGCAUCAUCUCCUUUUUCACCACGUCACGACCGUUCUGCUCGGUCUAUAAGGGAUACCACGCGACAGAUCAUUGAACGUUCUUUCCAAGUGAGCAGUACAUCACUAUCAGAUUCCGAGUGGGUGGGAUGUAUGGGGAGAGAUGUUUUGGUGGGUGAUAUUAUGUGGGGUUUGGCAAAUGUUCUAUGGAGGAUAUAUGCUGCCCGUAAACUUCACACUCAAGCUGCAGACUUAGUACGAACUUUUGCCGCUCUUCAACCUGCUGAGGAAAAACGUAUUCAUGCUCGACCUCAAAGAAUCCCACAGACCGACAUUUGUCAGGCUCAUUAUUGGCGUGGAAGAUUAGGUGUGGUUUUACUCGAUAUGAGGAAUGGACGACAUUGGUUGGAUAAGGCAUGGGAAUGGUGUCCAUCAGAAUGUUGGCAACAACGAAGAGCUAUUUUGAUCAGAGUCAUACCCGUCAACCUUCUGCUCGGUCGUCUUCCCUCUUUCUCCCUUUUAGAUCAAUACAAUCUCCACGAAUUUUCUCCUCUAUUACACGCCUUCAAAAGUGGUAAUUUACCAGCCUGGAGGAGAGUGUUAGAAGAUAAUAGAGAGUGGUUUAGACGUAGAUCGAUCUGGUUGGUUCUUUUCGAACGGGGUGAGAUUCUACUUUGGCGAAAUCUUUUCCGGUUCAGUGUUAAAACACAUUACCAACUUUUCCCUUCUGCACCACGGAACAGAUGUCCCACUCGUGUUUUCCUCAAUGCCACACGCGCUGCGUUUUCAGGGACGAACGAACCAGAAGAUGAUGAUAUAACUUUGGAAGAUAUCAUCUGUGUUCUUUCCAGUCUCAUUGAUCAGGUAAGUCAUUUCACAUUCAUCAAGUAA